GCCCGCUCGAAACACGCCCCUUCGUUCUGCAAGCCAUGUGGCUAUCGAUGGUAAAUACAGGUCUCUGCUAAUUUUGGACUUCCGUUAUAUUGUGUAUUUCGGUAGAAAUCCUGAUUUCUGCACAGUCGGAGCAUCCACAAUGUCUGCGGGCGUCGUGAACCUCCAGGCGCAGGUGGAGUCGGUGCUGGGAGUGCUGGUCAAAGCGGCCACGGUGGAGUUAACCAAACUGUUCGAGAGCAGAUACCGAGCCUCGGCUGUGGAUGUGGAUGUGGAUGAGGGCCGCACUGAGGGCAAAAGAGAAAAUGAAACAGUUCAGUCACGGGAUAGUUUGUCGACCGCGGACUCAAAACGCAGCAUCGGAGUGCAAGUGGACGAGAGUGUUUAUCCACUGUUGGAGCUUUCUGGUUCCUCUUUCCUCUCAGUUGGUGAUUGUUUGAGAGACUGUGAGGAGGAGGAGACAUGGGUGGUGGAGGGGUGUCCCAUUCCUUCAGAAAUCCCCCUCGCUGAAGAUAAUGGCCAUGUUGACCCUGAGUGUUCGCCUCUGAAGGAACAGGUUUUGACAGAGACUGUGGAUAUGGUGGAGUUAAGCAUCCUUGAAACUGAGUCUCCAGCUGAUAGUGACGCCCAAACAGAAGUUGUUUUGCAUGUAUGUGCAGAGACAUGGACAGAGACAUUAAGACAUGGAUCUACACAGAGCUCUCCAGCCAAACAAAAGCCUCUUGUGAUCCAACCAGACACAAGUGAUAUCACCUCUGGGGAGAAGGUGAAGUUUGUUUGCCCGUUGAUCCUGAAGCCAGAGUCACCAGCUCCCAAAGCUGAUAUUUUAGAGAAGCCUGUUCAAGCCGAGCCUCAGCAGGCCUGUGUCAGCACUGCUAAGGGCACCGCCUACAGUCCAUCCUCAUCCGAUGGAACUGUGACCCCUGUUCAGGUUGGGGUUUGGGAACGGAUCCACAUGCCAAAGGAGACCAAGAACAAUCUUCACAUGAAACUGAAACUGACUUCUUCAGAUCAAAAGCUGCUGCGUCCUUGUGCAGUACAACUGGUGAACUUGCUCACGGUGCCCGAUUCAGAGGAGAAGCUUCAGAAUGCUGUGGCGAAGUGGAAAACGGGUUGGCCUCUGCCCAAAGACCUCCGUCGCCACCAGGGUCUUCACACAGGCCACCGCCUCUGCUGCUUCACCCCAUGUGGAAAUGGCGUUUGGCGUCUCCAAAGGGUCGUCACUCACUCCCGCGACGGAUACGCCUGCAGCAUCUGCGGAAAAACGUUCAAACGCAGAAAGAUUCUCCGGAGGCACGAGCGCUUCCACACAGGAGAAAAACCAUACCCGUGUUCGGUGUGCUCAAAAACAUUUGCGUUGAGGAAGAGCCUCCGCCGACACUUGAGAUUCCACACGGGGGAGAGGCCGCACACCUGCUCGCAGUGCGGCAAAAGCUUCCGCCUGCGAGACAAUCUGAAAGCACACUUGAGGUUUCACACUGGAGAGAAGCCGUUCAGCUGCACUACGUGUGGGAAGAUGUUCAGGAUCAUGAGGAAUCUGGAGAAACACAAACUGAGCCAGUGUGGAUUCUUCAUCCCCUCAUUCAGGACAAUUGCUGGCAUGUAGCUGUGGGAGAACAGCUGUCAGUAGCUGGUUGUGGUGGGUGGUGGGAGUUUUCUACCUCAGACUGAAAAUACUAAAUCAUUUUUGGGGAUAUAUGUCAUGUAAAGUUAAGAUAAAAAAGGUUGAAAGCUAUGAGAGAAACACAGCGAGAUUGAUCCCUGACAUUGAGAGCCAUUCCAGAAAUGUUUAUGUUUAAAUGACAAGAAUCAGAGUUACAGUUUGAUGAGGGCAUUUUUUUUAUGGGGAAACAUAUACUACUGAUGUUCUUGUCUUAUUUUUCUUUGUUUCUUAUUUCUUGCCAUAUUUUUUGCGCCUUGUGAUUGUGGACCAUUAGUGGUACUGGGACAGUGUGUAACGGGGUAAAAGUUUUACAACCACUCAACACUUUUUAGCAUUAUACCUUCUGAGAAACACAUGAUCAGUGUGCCAGGAAUUUCUUCCUCUUUGCACAGUUAUACUACAGACGUGCUGAAGUUCACUGCUGUUUGGACAUUGUUGUGUAAAUGAGUUGGAACUUAGCAGUAAAGUUUUAUGAGUUGAUGAGUCAGCUGUCUGCUAGGGGUUUUUUGUUUGUUUGUUUUUUGGAUGGGCCAACAUACAGAUCUCCACCUGCCAAACUUUCCUAUGUCAAAGUUACAUGUAAAGUAAUUCCACUGAUAUUUGCUUUUGAUGUUUGUUUUCUUCUUAUGUCAUGUUUUUUUUUUUUUUAUCUAAAUGUUUCACUCAUGGCUUGUGUCAAUAGGUGUUUGCUUUUGUGUUCAUAUUAGGAUUACUGAAUGUAUGUAGACUUCUUUCCUCCCAUUACCUAGUAGCCAUGCAGACUUUAUAAGAAAUCUGGUUUUCAUGUUAAAACACUUACAUGGUCAACGUUCCCUCUCUAAAGAAUUAAAAAAUGUUUUAUAUUCCUUCAUACAGAUACUCUACAGUGACAAAUGUCUGUUUUCAUCUUUUUAAACUUGGCUAUUUUUCUCAUGCAUUAAGAAAAACAUUUUGUGAGAGAUAAGUUGUAUGUGUGUAUGAACCCUAAACACACUAUAUGUAGUAUGGAGGACGGAUACUGCUUUCUAAUAAAGCACCUUUUUUAAACUUGCA